AUGGAGAAAAGUUUCUUAUCAAGAAAUUCAGAUUCCUUUAGUGAAAACAACCUUCUCAGCGUUGGAAGUUUUGGUUCCGUGUAUAGAGCAGUAUUUUCUGAUGGCUCCAGGGUUGGUAUAAAGGUAUUCCACUUGCAAGCAGAAGGAUCAAAGAAGAGCUUUGAUGAUGAAUGCCAAGUACUUGCAAAUAUCCAUCAUCGAAAUUUGAUUAGAAUCAUAAGCUGUUACAGUAAUCAAGACUUCAAAGCCCUGCGCACACAGGUGAUUUUGGUAUUGCUAAACUCUUUGGUGAAGAUGAAAAUACGGUACAAACAAGACCUUAGCCACAAUAGGGUACAUGCGCCAGAGUAUGGAAUGCAAGGCAUAGUGUCCACAAGUGGUGAUGUAUACAGUUAUGCUGUGCUCUUGCUUGGAACAUUCACAAGGAAAAAGCCUACUGAUCAUUUAUUUGGAGAAGAAUUGAACCUCAAGCAUUGGUUUAGCAAAUCAAUCCAAGCAAAGUCAAUAGUAUCUGUGGUUGACGGCAAUUUAAUUACACAAGAAGAUCCGCAGUUCUACGCAAGGGAACAAUGUCUAUUCUCUAUCCUUCGUCUUGGGCUAGAUUGUCUAGCUGAUUCACCCAGGGAGAGGACCAACAUGAGGGAAAUUGUGACUAGACUCACAACUGUCAAAGUUGAACUUCUGAAACAUAUACAAGCUAAAAAGAUUGGUUGCAAAAGUUCAUUUGGCAAUUAG